CAAAACAAAACUUCCGAGUGACCAGCCUCCGCUCUGACCUCAUCUCCUCUGGAACUUACUGAACACAAGAUCGAAAUGGCGACUUCCUAUUCCAUACGAAAUGUAUCCUGCGUCAACGAGGCAAAAGCAGGAGUGCCGAUUCUCACUGGAAUUGGUUACCUCGAUCACAUGAUUGACCAGUGGAAUUCGCACGCCCAGGUCGGCGUUGGGUUGGAAGUCGUUGCAAAGACAUCUCAGGAUACUACCGARGAUGAAACAAAGGAAGACGGAGAUUCCAAAACGAAUCCUCCUACCGACGAUCAUGCCGAUAGAAAUCAAUACGCAUCUGGAAACCAAGUGGAGCUUUGUACGGCUGUAGGGAAUACACUGGGUCUUGCACUGAAGAAAGUAUUAGCUUCUACGGAGGACACGUCRCCAACAAAUUCGCGAUUUUGUUGCCCGCUUGACGAGGCCUUGGUCGAAUGCCAAAUCUCUUCGACGAAUGAUGCGACUGCCGAGGACGAUGUGGCGACGUAUAGCCUGGCACCUUACGGAAUUUAUCCCCGAAACGUCGGCAGAACACAAAUCGGCAAGCUCCAAACCUUUGCCAUUGAGUCGUUUUGGAGAGCCCUGGCCUCGUCUUCCGGCAUAGCGAUAUCCCUGAAGAAAAUUCGCGGUGAUAACGCGCACCAUAUUGGUAUGUACAGUCGCAUUGAUGUUCGUGUAACGUAGUAUUAUCAUAACGGAGGCGUCAGCCUCCUGUUGUUGUUGCGAUGACCGACGRCUGACUUGUGCCUUCAAAGAUGAAUGYGGGGUCAAUGCAUCCGUUGCGCCGAAACUUGUAUAUCGUCACACGCAUAGAUGGACAUGAACGCAAACAGCGCCUAACGAAUUUGUKCCGUUCUUGUUGUUUAGUUGAGAGCUCGUUCAAGGCCUUCUCGAGAGCGCUCCGGGUCUUUUUAGAUCCACCGGGCAUUUGGAACCAGGGAAGUCCCAACGACCUGGAGGGGAUUGCACUGAAGCGAGAAGGGAAGAUCGAGCGGACGACAAAAGAAACCUCCAUAUCGGUGCACGUCUUAUUCAAUGGAUCCAGCGAGGACACGCUCGUGGAGACGGGGACCCCCUUUCUGGACAAAUUUUACACAGUGCUGGCACAGGAAGCGAACAUGACCCUGAAGAUUCGUUGCAAGGGCGAUCUGUGGGUAGAUGACCACCACACGGCGGAGGACGUUAGCAUCGCGAUCGGACAGUGCCUSACRCAGGCCCUUGGAAACAAGGCGGGCCUGAACCGAAUGUGGCUUUCCAACGCGACCAGUAAGGACGCCACGGUGGAGGUCACCAUGGACCUGUCGAACCGUCCCUAUUUCGAGCACAACCUCCACGAGAUCCUGGGCCGUAACGAAUACGUGGAUUUCGAUGGUGAAAUCGGCGAUUCCUCUGUGGACAACGCCGCCCUUUUGUCGUGCGAGAUGCUGGAGCACUGCCUGGAUUCUCUGGUUAUGAACAGCCGUAUGACGGUUCACAUUGUGGGAAAGGAAGUCGAGGAGACAACGCGGGUGGCGGAUGUGUGCCUCGCCACAGCGAUGGCCUUUGGCCGUGCCCUCCGAGUUUGCUCGAUGGUGGACCAGCGGAGAGCAGGCACUACUGCAAGCAGCAAGGGAACGCUGUCGGUGUAAACGAGAUCCGUGCAAGACACAGUUGGAUCGCACCAUAUCGCAUCGAAUCCUAAGCAUCGGAAGCCUACCAAAACACUGGACUAGACAAUUCUAGUAAUGGACUACACACCCAUCGAGUCUUUGAAACAAGUGAAAUCUURAGAUUAGUUAGAUGGUUCUCUUUAGCACAUUCUAUUACCG